AUGUCGGAAUUGUCCAAGAACAAUUUUAAGUCGUUGGGUCUUCCCAGAUGGUUGGUAGAUUCCCUAAUGGCGAUGAAAAUUACACAACCUACUCAGAUUCAAAAGGCAUGUAUUCCGCCAAUUCUGAAGGGAGGUGACUGUAUCGGUGGUGCAAAGACUGGUUCUGGUAAAACGAUUGCUUUUGCGGCACCGAUGCUGACCAAAUGGUCUGAAGACCCUAGCGGCAUGUUUGGUGUAGUGCUGACACCGACCAGAGAACUAGCGAUGCAAAUCGCCGAGCAAUUCACCGCAUUGGGAAGCAGUAUGAAUAUUCGAGUAUCCAUCGUCGUAGGUGGUGAAAGUAUUGUGAGCCAGGCGCUUGAGUUGCAGAGGAGACCGCAUUUUAUCAUCGCAACCCCCGGGCGACUGGCCCAUCAUAUACUCAACAGCGGAGAGGACACGGUAAGCGGAUUAAAACGAGCUAAGUUUCUUGUUCUCGAUGAGGCUGAUAGUCUGCUAACAAAGACUUUUGCGAAUGACCUCAACGUAUGCGUGGGUGCCCUUCCGCCAAAGAACAGAAGACAGACAUUACUGUUUACAGCCACGAUUACCGACCAGGUUAGGGCCUUACAGGACGCCCCAGACCAGGAGAAUAAACCCCCUUUAUACUGUUACGAGGUUGAAAGCGUGGAUAAAGUAGCCGUGCCAUCCACGUUGAGGACAGAGUACAUUCUGGUACCGGAACAUGUGAAGGAAGCCUACCUCUAUCAGCUGUUGACGUGCGAGGAGUACAAGGACUCCAGCGCUAUCGUCUUUGUGAACAGAACCAUGGCAGCAGAGAUCAUGAGAAGAACAUUAAGAGCUCUGGACAUCAGGGUGGCCUCUCUGCAUUCCCAAAUGCCCCAACAGGAGAGGACCAAUUCGCUCCAACGGUUCCGUGCCAAUGCAGCUAGGGUUCUCAUAGCCACAGACGUCGCUUCAAGAGGUCUUGAUAUUCCGGUGGUUGAACUGGUUGUCAACUACGACAUUCCUUCCGACCCAGACGUAUACAUUCACAGGUCUGGUCGUACUGCGCGUGCCGGUAGGCGUGGCGAUGCCAUAUCCUUCAUAACGCAACGAGACAUCUCGAGAAUCGAGGCCAUCGAAUCGCGGAUCAAUAAAAAGAUGCAAGAGUGUACCAAGGUGCACGACACCGCAGUCAUACGAAAAUCGUUAAACAAAGUUACAAAGGCCAAGAGGGAAGCUCUCAUGGCUAUGGAGAAGGAAAAUUUUGGUGAGAGAAGGAAAAUUCAGAGGAAGAAGAACAACACGGAUCAGAAGAGUCUGAGGGCUUAG